AUGGCAGCACGCCCAACGAUGCCCGACCCACCGGCAAACAGUAUGUGUUUUGUCGUCAUUGACCUGCCCUCUGUCUAGCCCGAAAAAGACGAAAUCGAGACCAGCAGCUAUCGCCCCAGAGGUGCACCCGGCUACGCAAGCAGCGCAAACAGCUUCGAUGAAGAAAACCGACACACGUCACAGCACCUCAGCAUUGCGUCGAUAGGGUAGUGAGGGACAGGGUAAUUUGUAGGUUCCAAAAACUUUGUAAGGCAUGGGAGGUGGUAAGCAGCACGCCACAAGAACCGGAUGACAGGCUGAGCGCAGUCAAUUUGAGGGCAAUAAAAAACCCCGUAG